UUUGUUAUUACAACAAAAAGAAAAUAAAAAUAAUAAUAAGGUUUUGAUUUAAAGAGAAAUCCUUUAUUCGGUCCCCUCUCAGAAACCUCUCUCUUUCAUUCCAAUCAUUCAACCUCUCCAAAGAAAGUGAUGGCUUUAUUCGAUACUCAUCACCCUGGAGUUUUUGCAUUUGGUCUUCUUGGUAACGUUAUCUCCUUCAUCGUGUUCUUGGCUCCUGUGCCAACGUUUAUGAGAAUCUGUAAGAAGAAAUCAACAGAAGGGUUUCAAUCAGUUCCAUAUGUGGUAGCACUUUUUAGUGCAAUGUUGUGGUUAUAUUAUGCUUCAUUCAACCCUAAUGAAACCCUUCUCAUUACCAUCAAUUCCGUUGGCUGUCUCAUUGAGACUCUUUACAUUGCCAUCUUCAUUGUUUUUGCUCCCAAACAAAUUCGGAUUUCAACGUUGAGAUUUGUUCUUCUAUUGAACUUUGGAGGGUUUUGCGUAAUUCUACUUGUUACUCACUUCUUAGUGCAUGGCUCUGACCGAGUCAAGGUUAUUGGAUGGAUUUGUGUGGCCUUUUCUGUCUCUGUCUUCGCAGCUCCACUUACCAUCAUGAGAUUGGUGAUUCGCACUAAGAGCGUGGAGUUCAUGCCCUUUUCACUAUCGUUUUUCCUCACACUCAGCGCAAUUACUUGGCUUCUUUACGGCGUAUUUCUCAAAGACAUCUAUGUUGCGCUUCCAAAUGUAUUGGGAUUUAUAUUUGGGGUAGCACAAAUGAUCCUAUAUUUGAUAUACAAGAAGUAUGAGAUAGCCAUAGCAAAGGAAAUGAAGCUACCAGAACAAACAACAAUGGAUAUUGUAAUGAUUAGCACCACAGCCACAAACUCUGACAAAGAAAAACAAGAUCCUUCUCUUCAAUCAGAUUCUGCUGGAGCCAUUGAGGUAAUUAUAACAACCAACGGAUCAAUCGAACUCGACGACAACAGCAACAACAACUUGGAGUUGGACCACAAACAUAAACACACAAGUUUGGAAGUCAAAGACCACCAAAUUACAGACCUUAAUCAUGUUUAACUAUGUUCUCUUCUAACAACCCUUGUAUGCUUCUUUCUUUUUCAAUCUCUCUGUUUUGUUCAAGUUUGUAAUUUGUAAUGCUUUAAUUUUGGUCUUUGGUUUAUGUACUUGCCCAACUUUUCUCUAAGCUACCAUGUAAAUAAUGUUAUAAUAGCUAGAGAUUAGUGAUGAUUAUGGUACGUGCAUAAUUAAAGUGGCCCUUUUGCUCUCAUGUAACUAAUAAUUAUUUUAAUCA